AUGCCUCCCUCCGAUGCGGCCGUGGAGGGCGUGAGCGGAGCCAUCGGCGGCAUAGUGGCCACUUGCGUCACCUAUCCCUUGAUGACGGUCAACACGCUGCAGGCCAUCCGAGCGCGGACGGCGCCGCAGGAUGUGGAGGGUGGGGCCCCGCAGCGGCAGCCCCACCAUCGGGGCACGCUGCAGGAGCUUGCCGAGGUGGUGCGCACCGGCGGCUGGCAGGCGCUGUUUUCGGGGCUGGAGGCCAGCCUGGUGGGCACCACCAUCUCCCAGGGCAUCUACUUCUACCUGUACAGCCUGCUGCGGCGCCUGGCGGUGCUGCGCCGCGUGGCGGCCGAGGCGGCGGCGGGCGGCGGGGGGCGGGUGCUGGCGGAGGCCGACAUUCGCGGCGCGGGGGUGACGGUGGCAGAGUCUCUGGCGGUGGCGGCGCUGGCAGGCAUGGGAAACGUGCUGCUCAAAAACCCCAUCUGGAUGGUGGCCACCCGCAUGCAGGCGCAGGGCAGGGCCCAGGCGGCGGCGGCGGGGGAGGGCGAGGUGCAGGUGGCGCCCAGCAAGCCGGGCAUUGUGGCAGUCGCCCGCCAGGUGUACUCCGAGUACGGCGUGCCCGGCUUCUGGAAUGGUACCGCCGCCAGCCUGGUGAUGGUGGUCAACCCCACCCUGCAGUACGCGCUGUACGAGUGGCUGCAGGCGGCACGCGCCAGGCUCAGGCAGCAGCGCGGCGGCAAGGCGGGCCCCGCAGCGCGCGCCACCGCGCUCGAGGUCUUCCUGCUGUCGGCACUAGCCAAGGCGGGCGCCACGCUGGUCACCUACCCCAUGAUGAACAUCAAGACUCGCAUGUACACAGCCAGGCGCGGCGACGGCGGCGGCGGCGGCGGCGGCGGCGGCGGCCACCACAGCAGCAUCCUGCGCGCCGCCGCCGAGAUUGCGCGCACCGAGGGGGUGGCCGGCUACUACCGCGGCCUGCGCACCAAGGUGGUGCAGAGCGUGCUGGCGGCGGCGCUGCUGUUUGUGGCCAAGGAGAAGAUCACAGAGGCGGCCAGGGACCUGCUGCAGGCGGCGGCGGGGGGCGGCGGCCGCGGCGGCGCGCGGCGGGCGCCCAAGGCGGUGGCGUGA